AUGCUCCUAUCAGUGGACAACAGGUUUAUGUCUGUUGAAAGUCAUAUGAAGAUUCUGGCAACACAAUUUGAUAAGGAUUCAAGAAAAAGGCGACGUGCAACAUAUAGUUCUUCUUUAGACGACAGUCUGCAGAUCAUGCUGGAGGAGAAGGAGAAUCAGGAGAAGGAGGAGGAGGAAGCGAAGGAAAAACAGGUCAUGCAGCUCCUGGACGACGAUGAGGAGGAAGUCGAGGAAAAGAAGACGUGGGAGGAGAAGGAGAAUCAACGACAGUUUCAGAUCUUGCUGGAGGAGAAAGAGAAUCAGGAGAAGGAGGAGGAGGAAGCGAAGGAAAAGCAGGUCCUGCAGCUCCUGGACGACGAUGAGGAGGAAGUCGAGGAAAAGAAGACGUGGGAGGAGAAGGAGAAUCAGUUGGCGGGACACAAGCGACGGCGAGAUUCAAGAAAAAGGAGACGUGCAACAUAUAGUUCUUCUUCAGACGACAGUCUGCAGAUCUUGCUGGAGGAGAAGGAGAAUCGGAACCAUCAGGAUUUCAGCUUCACUACUUUUAAUGUCAGAUUCCCCGAUUUUAUUGAAGAUAUCAUGACGAAAGAGUCUCAGUUGUCGACUGAUCAUAUGGACUGCUUCUUGGCAAUGUAUAGGAAGAUGUUGAAGAGCCAACCUGAGCUCUUCCCUAACAGUAGAAUUGCCUUUAUGGACAACCUUUUCAAUAUGCUCGUGAACAAUAUAUAUAGAGAUUUCUGCAAGAGGGAUCUUACUAGCAGUCGGCUACACAAUCAACUGAAUCCCUACUUCAAAGGCGUAUACCCGCGGGCAUACGGGGAGGGUCGGAGCUUGAGUGAUGUGGACACAUUUUACACUGUUCUGUUGGUCAACAAUAAUCAUUGGAUUACACUGGUUGUGAAGAGGAAAGACCGACUGAAUGAGGUUCUAGACUCGUUGUUUCCAAAAACCCCAGAGGGACUUCAGAUGAGACGGGAAAGUGUCAAGCCGUUUGCGGUGGUCGUUCCUUUCAUGUAUUAUUAUUUGUCAACAUCCUCUGCUUCCAUGGAACGUAAUCCAUAUGAGAUAAUUCUGAGGCAGGAUACUCCGCGGCAAAUCGGUGAAAAUGAUUGCGGGAUAUACGCUCUCAAGUUUGUCGAGUGUCAUGCCUUCGGGAUUGAUUUUAAAAGAGGCCAACUUCUGAAGAAAAAUAUCCCCUCUUUAAGGCUGGGAAUGGCAAGCACAAUUCUUGAUUUUGUUCUUCAAUGUACCAAGGAAUGCUUCAUAUAUGGGGCAACGAGCAAAUCGGCAUAUGAAGGAGACGAUGUGCCCAUAACACAAGUGAAUGAAAUUAAACCUCAAAAUUUGGAUAAAAUGUAA